UCACCUCACGUGACAUUCCUCGGUUGGCGUACAGUACGAUCCAACAUGGCUGCGUCCAAGGAUGUCCACGUCCAAAUAUGCAGUCAGGAAAUCGUAAAAUAUGAUCUAGAAAUUAAAGCUCUGAUUCAGGAUAUCCGGGAAUGUCCAGGACCUCACAGUGAACUUGCAGACCUAAAUGCAAAAGUGAAAGAAAAAUUCCAUCAGCUUAGAGGGAGAAUACAGGAUUUAGAGCAGAUGGCCAAGGAACAGGAUAAAGAGUCAGAAAAACUUGCUUUAUUGAAUGAAAUGGAAAAUCAUCGAAAACAAAUGCUCAGCAACCAGACUGCAUGGAGGAAGGCAAACUUGGCAUGUACUCUUGCAAUUGAUAAUUCCGAAAAGGAUAACUUACUGCGAGGUGGCAGUUCUUCUGUACGACAAAGAAAAACAACGAAGGAGAGUCUGGUACAGACAUCUGGUGAAAUUACAGAAAGUCUGCUGAGCAUUAGCAGGAUGAUGUCCCAGCAAGUCCAGCAAAGUGAGGAGACCAUGCACACAUUAGCCACUUCAUCCAGGACAGUGUUGGAAACUAAUGAAGAGUUUAAAGCCAUGACGGGAACAAUACAGCUGGGACGAAAGCUCAUCACAAAGUACAAUCGGCGAGAGUUUACAGAUAAACUGCUAAUAUUUCUGGCAUUGGCUCUGUUUCUGGCUACAGUAGUGUAUAUUUUAAAAAAGAGACUAUUUCCAUUUAUAUGAAAGAAAUACACAGCUUUCGCCCUUGCUACAAAUUGCACACUUUAUCUCCUUGGAAGUACUGUUAUUCAAGAUAAGGAAGGAUUCAUCUGGUGACUUUUGUCAUUCAGGAAAAUUGCAUCUCAUCAUGCAUACAAAGUGUUGUCGUUUGAUUACAGGAUGCCUUCCAUUUCCCAGUACCAUUUCUUUGGCAGUCAUAUGCCUCUCAUUUCUCAUUUUUAUGUUAUAUGCAUUUCCCUGGUGAUUUAUGUUUAAAGAAAACCUGCAAUUCCUGUUAUCAUCCAAAAUUACAUGGUAGUUUUACUUUGUGACGUUUGGGAACUUUUUAAAUUUCAGGAAACUUGUUAAGUAUAUCAAGCUCCAACAGGAAAAACAGGUGUAGUGUAAAACAAUUUGUACAUGGCAUGACAGUUUAUAAGAAGACAGAAAACUAAACUAAAAUGUAACCUCUAGUGAUUGAUAGAAAAAUCCCAAGAGCAAUUUAGACUUUUUCUGAAAAUCCAGUUAACAUCCUGAAAUCUCAAAAAAUAACUGUUGGUAGUCAGUAUGAUCCAUUAAGAAAGGAAAAGAAGGAAUAUAUAAGCAGGAUACCAUUGAAAUAUUUCAGGUUAUAGCUGAAAUGAUUCAAUUUGUUAUUGACCAUUUAAAAACUGAUUUUAGAUACUUUUAACUACUAUAUACAAGGACCCGCAUUUUUAUUUUAGUAUGAACUGCUAUAGUAAUUAUUUUCAAUAUGUAUCAAUGCUUACAGUCUGGUAUGUUACCAAGUUGUCAGAUGGAGCUCAAGUAUGACAGAAAAGAAGGACUUCAAAGAAAACUCACCACUUUCACUGUAUUUGCCUUGAUAUUGCAAUGACACAGUGUAUGCCGCAGAAUUAACAGACUAUAGAGAAAUAAAUUGUAUUGUUUCA